UGCUCGAGAAGUCAGAGAGAGAGUCUCUGCUGGGCUUUGCACUCUCUCUGUCCACUUGCUGUUGUGAAGGAAAUUUUUUUUUUUAACCUGACUGGACAAAGUUUUUAUUAUACCAGUGACAUUUCCAAGCUGUUUCGUACUUUGAAGAGUUUUGAGAAUUCCUGCCGACGCUUUUCCUGAGGGAAGCCAUGCCCUACCACAGAGUCCUUCGCCUGGUCCUGCUAACACUGUGCAGCAUCCUGGUCCCUGCUGUGCUGGCAGCAGAGUACCCGCAGGGCCCAGUCCCCACCCUCUGGAACGAGCCGCCCGAGCUGCCCUCCGGAGCCGGCCCCUUCGACGCCGCCACCACCACAGCCCGGCUUUCAGACGCCACCGCCUUCCCCCCAUACACCUCCGAGCUGGAGCCCGAGGACACCACCCACCUGCACCGCCUGGACGCCGAGGACGGCUCGCUGGGGCCUGGAGCUAUCGGUGCCAUUGUCAUCGCCUCCCUCCUGGGCACGUCCGUGCUUGUCGCCUUGGUCGUCAUCACGCUGAGGAAGUUCUCGGCCUCCUGAACUCAAUAAAAGAUUUUUCUGUAAUACA